GAAGCAUUAUUGAAUUGUUACGUACUACUACCAUACUGGGACUACAAUAACUUAAAGGUGUAAAUCAUAUUCCCAUCGUAACAUUCAGACCCCAACAAAAUUACAUCACAAGUAAAUAUCCAAGCGAAAUGUCAGUCGGAAAGCUCCAGUGGCUGAAGCCGGGAAGAGGCGGAGAAGCACUAUCUCAUGGCGUCUCCUUUGGAAUGCCUUGGGCGAAAGGUCAAUAUCAAUCAGGGCAGACUUUUGUAAUUGAGGAUGAUCAUCAAGUGUAUCCGUUAGACUGUCGAGAAGUUGCAUUUUGGCCUGACGGUUCCCUCAAGUGGACAGCACAUUCCGUCAGUGGAAACAUUGGAUACAGUGAGACUUAUACCAUCAAGGGAGUCGACAGGCCCGAGGAAAAGCCUUUCUUAUCUGGUGACAAAAUAACAACGAGGCUGGGACUAGAGCUAAAACUCUCAACUGUGGGAAGUUCCAGCUUGUUCGACAGCUUGUCUUGGGAAGGCCGCUGUGUAUGUUCAGGCGCAACUAUUGUCGCAUCGAUCAACAAGAAAAACUAUUCGACCAUUGUUAGAGAUGUGCAAGUGGAAAAUGAGACCUUUUCAAGGAUCCUUGUCAAGAUUUCUGGCGUUAUAGUCUGCGAUGGUGUAGAACACCUUCCGUUUGAUGUGAGAGUCUACCUCUACCAUGACAGUUCCACUAUAAGUAUUGGCCACUCCUUCAUUCACGACCUGGAUGCCGAAGAACCCUUGACAUCGUUGGGGCUUCAGUUUCAUGUUCCCUUGGGAGAGACUGAGCUUUACAACAAACAUGUUCGCCUUGGGGUUUCAGAUGGGGGCGUUUUAGGUGAAGAAGUUCAGGGUCUGUCAGGUUUGAGAUUUGGACCAACCACUCAAAAUAGAAUCGAUCAAACGGCAGGAAAGCCACUCAAUCUGCUUGAGCAAGAAUGGGAGAAGACCGAUCUUACAAGAGGUCUCGCGUGCAUUCCAUCAUGGGAUUCUUAUUCUCUCUCUCAAUUAUCAUCAGACGGGUUUACCCUCAAGAAACGGACUAAACCCAGCUGCAGUUGGGUCAAAGUUACUGGAGGCGGCCGAGCCGAUGGGACUGCCUACGUGGGCUCAGCCAGACACGGUGGCCUGGCUGUCGGCAUGGCCAAUUUCUGGGAACGAUACCCUACCCAGUUAGACCUGGGCGACUUGACCAAGGAUACCGGGACAAUUACUGUGUGGCUGUAUUCGCCUUUGGCUGAGCCCUUGGAUACUGCGCCUUAUCAUGAUGGACUCGGGUUGGACUCCUAUACCAAACAGUUGGAAGGACUUGAUGUGACAUACGAAGACUAUGAGCCGGGUUUUGCCACGGCAAACGGAAUUGGGAGAUCGAACCAGUUUUUUAUCAAACCAUACUCAUCUACACCUUCCAAUCAAGAGUUAAGCUCUUUCUCAUCGCUAGUGAGAGAUGCCCCUCGGUUGAUUCCCAACCUAGAAUAUAUGCACUCAAGUGGCGUUUUCCAUGGGUGCUGGACCCCCGAUUAUCGAACCUUGGGCUACUCACCGUCAAAUGAGGAGUUGGAUAUCGAAAAAAAUCUGGACACACUGUUUGAAUUUUACCAUAAACAAGUUGAGCAACAAAGAUGGUAUGGAUUCUGGGAUCAUGGCGAUGUUCAGCAUACUUAUAAUCACUACCGGCAUGCAUGGAGAUAUGAUGUUGGGGGGUUUGCAUGGGAUAACUCAGAGCUAUCAACCGAUCUAUGGCUGUGGCUCUACUUUCUUCACACUGGUAGAGCAGACGUUUUCAAAAUGGCCCAAGAUAUGACGCAGCAUACUUCCGAGGUAGAUGUCUACCACGCCGGAAAAUUCAAAGGGUUUGGAACUAGACACGGCGUCCAACACUGGAGCGAUAGUUCAAAGCAGCUUCGCAUAUCACAUGUGUUGUUCAAACGCAUCUAUUUCUUUCUAACAGGCGAUGAGCGUACCGGUGAUCUCAUCGAGGAGCUACAAAGUUGCCAACAUGCUAUUUUAACACUAGACUCACAUCGCAAGGUGCAGCUCAAAGGGGAUACACCAGACGGGUUUGCUAUGGCAAACAUCGGCCUUGAUUGUGGACCCUUGGCUGCUUCCUGGCUGACCGCUUGGGAGAGGCGCACAAAGGGUUGGAUCCACGCCAAGGAGCUUCUGGUUACCUUGUUGGAUGGCAUCUCCGGUCUUUCACACGGCAUAGGGAACAAUGCCAUUCUACUGAAUCCUGAGACUGGCGAGGUCCGCGAAUGCCCUCCUCCGACCCCGGAGUACUCCAUCUCGCACUUAUCUAUGUUAUUUGGGUUUCCGGAGAUAUUCAAUGAGUUACUAGACUAUGCCAGCCACGACCAUGCCUCUACUGUGGCUAACUUCAAGCUCAAAGCAUUGCUGCCUUAUGCCAGAGCAUAUAAUGGGGGUCAUGAGGUCCAGCGACAGGAGUUUGGCUUUGAAUUCCCGUCUCAUGCGACGUGGAGACAGAGUCACUCUACGCUGACAGCCAUAGCCGCAGUGGAACAGAAAAGCGAGAAGCUCGGAAGGGAGGCAUGGGAGCAGUUCUUUGGGACGGACGGAUACGAUCGGACACACGACUGGGGUAUCGUGAAGACCUCACCGCCUGAGUAUCCCGCAAAGGGUGAGGAGGCUCCUUGGGUCACCACAAACAUGUCUGCUCGCUAUGGCGUCAGCGCAAUCUUCAAUUUGGCAAACAUUAGAGAGUAUCUGAAAUGAGCUAAAUAUGGAUUUUAAUGGUACUCCAAUAUUGAUAGACG